AUGGUAAAAAUCAACAUACUUGUAGUGUUGCUUUUUGGAGUUCUUUGCCUUGGGAAAAAUGCCGUUAUUGCUCUGGACCCCGAGACAUCGAAACACGUAGAGAAAGUAGUCGAGAAAGAGAUGCAAAAAGCGUAUGCCGACAGUUUCCGUACGACGCCGAAGGUGUUUGGGAAUCGCACACAAGAGGAAUUGAUUCACAAACAGUUGCAACGGAACAGGACCAAAGUGACGAAAAAGGCCGUAUUGAAUAUCACUGCGGAGAUUUUAAAAGUCGAGACCAAGAUAGCGGAAUUGAACCAAAAGCAAAGCGAGUUGAAUCGAACAAUUGAAUUUUCAAAGACACGGUCAUCCGUAGAGAAGAGCGGGAUCACCGCCACCCUGAAAACCAAAAUCGAAGAGUACAACAAUAACACUAAAUUGAUGAAUGAACUUUCGGAGAAGAAAAGUAAAUUGAACGACUUGCGUGUUGAAUAUGUGAGAACACUCGAAGAGGCUAAAACAAAUAUCGAGACGAUGGCUGAAGAGAUGAGAACACGGAGAAGACUUGUGAAUGACUUGGAACGUAAAAAUAGACGAAAACAAGAGACACAAAAAGCUGUUGAAGAAGUCCGAAAGGUCGAGUAUAAGAAGUUGGUCACCAGAAUUAAAGAACUUGAAAAUACUAAGGACGAAAUUAGAAGACUUCAAACGGGAGAGGAAAUGAAACUUUUGGCACUAAGAAAGAGGGAAGCAAAGAUCAGAGAGAUUAAUAGAAGAAAGAGACUGAUACUUGCAGAACAACUGAAGGCCGCGAAGAUCACUCGGAACGCGGAGAUGAUUACAAUGAUAUACAAACAACUUGCGGAACUGAAGACGCACAAAUUAAGUCAAAUAUCGUGUGCAAGAAAAGCGUUUGAAGACUACAAAGAGAAGAAGAGGAUCGAAUUGUUGAAGAAAAAGGAGAAGAUCAUCGACAAAAAAUUGUUGGCGGAGCUUGUCGAGAAGAAAGGGAAAUAUCUCCUUGACACAAGACGUGUUGUCCAAGAGGAAAUUGAUAAGUUGAGACUUGAGAAAGAACUGUUUGACCACGAAAGAGUUGUCGAAGGGAAGAAAUUGGCCGCCCUCAUGAAGAUACAGAAAAAGGAAAUUGAAGAAGCGAAAAGGCGGGUUGCGUUUAAGAAGGUCAUGUACUCGAAGAAAAGAGAAGAAUUGUUGAGACAACAAAUGCGAACGAUGUGGAAGAAGGAAGACCAAUACGAGAACGAAAUGAAACGAAAAAUCUUGAGUCAAGCCGUCAAAUCAAGUAAGAAAAUGAUCACAAAACAACAAAUGUUGAACGACAAACUCAAGAUCUUGGAUAAUUCCGUUCAACUCAAAAAGAAAAUCUUGAAGUUACAGUCACAAGACGCAAAUUUGCAAACUGUGAAAGAACGCAUUGAGAUCCAAAAGUUGAAGGAUGAGUUCUACAAAUUGUCUGCAUUGAAGGAAAAGCAAAAGAUGCAAUUGAAAGCUUCACAAGAGUUUUUGAAACACAACACUCAUCUUGAUGAUUUGGAUGAAGUCGAGCAGAAGGCUAAUAUUGCUAUGGUCACUAACAUCUUGAAGAGAAAAGGUGUUCAGAAGAGUGUGAUCAAAGAAUCCAAAUUGAAUGCUAAAGAAGCUUUAAAAGACUUUAAAGACAAGUUGCAGAAGGAGUAUAUGCUCAAGAAGAAGGUCCUUUAUUUGAAGAGAUGCUUGAGAGCUCGAAUUGCAGUCAAUGACGAAAUUAAGAAGAAACAAAUUGAAAAUAAGUUGAAGGAGAUGAUCCGUAAAGCAGUUGUUGCCAGAAUCCAAACCGCCUCAUCGACAUGA